UGAAUGGGUAAAGAUGCCUAUAAACUGUGAUAUGGAUGCCCUUUAGGAAUCGGAAUUUACUCAGGUACGUGGUAUAUCUUCACUCUAAAGCCCGAUGUCAGGGACUAGAAGCAAAGAGCCUGACUUGGUCAAUAUAACCAUAUCAUGCAAGUCAUAAGAAAAGAACCAUGGAAAUAAUAUAUAUAUCCAACUCUAGCAGCUAUUGGAGUAUUCUCAUUUCGCCAGCUUGAUUUACGGGUUCAAUCAAAACUUAGCUAUCGAAACGACAAUGGAACAACCUCCACAACCAACACCUUCGCCAUUCCACGGAAGAAUUAAAGUGUACGACACACUCGACGGUAGCGAUGUACACUGGACCCAACCGCGACGCGUCCACCUCCACAGGAGGACACCAUCGGGAGAUACAUUAUGCUGCGCUUCCGUCACCAUAGGCGGCCUCGUAGAAGACGCGAACCUGUACCUCCUCGGGUUAACCUCCGACCGUCUUGUACCCGAGUCCGAAACGCAGAUCGAAGAGCACACUGACACGAACGAUGGAAACUGCGUCUGUGUCGGGUUCGUGAAGCAUACGAGUCGAAACCUACACUACACAUUAAUCAACAUAUCCCUCGAUAUGAACAACAUGGACCCGAUCCAAGACGGCACGGACUACAUCUCGACGGCCUCCUCAUACAAAGCCACGCUCCACCCCGUCCUCGUUAGACAGCAGCACAUGAAAGCCGACCUGGUCGUCAUGACUCGCACUCGCAACCAGGAAGUCAUGACCGGCCGUAUCAUCUCCUUACCGACCAAAGUCGCGCGACCGGCAUAUGUAGGAACCGGCGAACUCAUGGUCGCGUCCUUCGACCCUUCGCGCGGCCGUGUUCCGUCGAACAUAGACGUAGGCACGUGGGUGUACGUGAAGAAGCCUGAUUCCGGCAACAACCCCAGAACCAACGGCAUAAGGGAGUUGCACCACCUAGUAGAUGGCACGAGCUACGUCGGGGUCUUCGAGACGGGCGAUGAGGACUACUAUAUCGGGAGCCAUUACAUCCCCGUUGUGCUCCUCGGGCACAUCGUCGAGGUCUGCGACAACGGGGAUAGGGAGGCGAGUGUCAGAGUAACGAUCCAAGGCGCGUACGAGGUCUUGACUGAGAUGUUCGUCCGUCGUGGAGGCCCGGAUUACCCUGAUGGCAUCGUACGGGGUCCUGCGGGUACUGACACGUUGUAGAUUCCCACAUGGAGCGAUGCGGCAAGCAAUAUUGCGACCUACUUGCCUACAUUCCCCCCCUGACUUGUGGAGGGAGGUCGUGAUACGCCUCGUUCUUGGCGGUGAUGUGGAACAUCGAUGAGACGCAUUGUUAGGCGAGGUGGGAAACUAUUAUGUACAUAGGCUAUGAAUACACCCAAUGGAAAUAUUGAACU